CGUGUCAUAGAAAUACAUAAAAGCCCUAUCCAAGUGCGAGAGUCCCUAUCAGCAUUUAUUCAUGGAGCUUACUUUGCCGUUUGUCACUGAAGUAUGAUCUACAAUUGCUCGGUAGUUUAGUCCGAAGAGGAAAAGAUAAAAGGUCUGAGGAGGGGGUGAACAUAAAGGUCACCAAACGUGCAGUACUUUAGUUUAAUCGCGACAGCUGAGCGCUUCUCCUCGCACAGAGUUUAGCUGCAAUGUUGUUCAGGUUCGGCGUUAUAGUCACGGUAGAGCGUACCGAUGUAAAUCUCUUCCUGACAGGAUCCAGGGCAGAAAUGGGACAAUGGGAUACCAGCAAAGCAGUGCAAAUGAAAGCCUCUCAGGCCGUGGUGUCAACGAAAGAACCGUCCUUCUGGGUCUGCGAAUUGCAACUUGAAGAACCACUCACUGAAACCUUCUGGUUUAAGUUUUUUAAACGAGUGGGCGAUCAUGUAAUAUGGGAAGGAAAUGGUCCUCAUCACGACCGCUGCAGUGUUUAUUAUGAAGAAAAUGUUGUGGAUGGCAUUUACUGUUACCCAGUAUGUCAUUGGAUUGAGUCAACAGGAUACAGCAAUGAGAUGAAACAUACCACAGACUUCUACUUCAGCAUUGCUGAUCACCAAGCCAUACAUUAUACCAGAAUUCUUCCACGGAUCUGGCUUGGCAGCUGCCCUCGUCAGUUGGAACACGUAACAAUAAAGUUGAAGCAUGAGUUGGGAAUCACAGCUGUAAUGAACUUUCAGACAGAGUGGGACAUCAGUCAGAACUCCUGGGGCUGUAACCGGAAGCCUGAACAAAUGAAGCCUGAGACAAUGAUGGAACUUUAUCGAGAUGUGGGAUUGGUCUACGUAUGGAUCCCUACUCCCGAUAUGAGCACUGAAGGCCGGACACGGAUGCUGCCUCAAGCUGUUUACAUCCUGCAUGGCCUGCUUGAGAACGGGCAUACAGUGUAUGUUCACUGUAAUGCAGGAGUGGGUAGGUCCACUGCAGUCAUAUGUGGAUUUCUGAUGUACGUGAUUGGAUGGAGCUUAAGAAAGACCCAGUAUUUCCUUGCUUCCAAACGCCCAGCUGUAUAUAUAGAUGAAGAGGCCCUUGUCCAUGCCCAGGAAGACUUUCUGAGGAAAUUUGGUCCUGUUCACUCUUCUGCGUAUACAGCAGUAGUAGAGAAUGUAAAAUAAUAUAUUUGACAUUACUUAAGAUGCAUAGUUUAAAAUGCUAGGAAUAUUACAUGAUUCAAAGGUUAAGAGGCAUUGAAUGUAUUUGUUUAGCCUGUAAUGCUAGGAAUAUUACACAAUUCAAAGUUCAUCAUUUUCUGACUAGGUAUCCCAUAUGCUGCAUGGAUGUAUAAAAUGGACUGUGUACACUUGUUACUAAAGUAAUUCAGUAUUCCAAAUGAGACUGAAUGCUUCAUUAUUUCUGAAAAUAAGAAGAGUGCUAUUUUUAUUAAAGAUACUGAAAAUACUGUGUAAAAAUGGAACAGGGUUCCAUUAAUGAUCAGAAAAGUUGUGCAGAAAUUCCAGCUGUGUUAAUAAUUAUUCGUAAUAUUCCCAUUAAAGCUAAAUAUUUAUAAGCAUGCAAUAUUUGUGAAAAAUAUGGGCAUUGUAAAGUCUUUAUGGUAUUCCUAGUGAAAAUAAAUUGCAUCCAUCAGUGUUAAGCUA